CGAUGAAGCGGCAGAAUGUGCGCACGUUGGCGCUCAUCGUGUGCACCUUCACCUACCUGCUGGUGGGCGCCGCGGUGUUCGACGCGCUGGAGUCUGAGCCGGAGAUGAUCGAGCGGCAGCGGCUGGAGCUGCGGCAGCUGGAGCUGCGGGCGCGCUACAACCUCAGCGAGGGCGGCUACGAGGAGCUGGAGCGCGUCGUGCUGCGCCUCAAGCCGCACAAGGCCGGCGUGCAGUGGCGCUUCGCCGGCUCCUUCUACUUCGCCAUCACCGUCAUCACCACCAUCGGCUAUGGCCACGCAGCGCCCAGCACAGAUGGUGGCAAGGUGUUCUGCAUGUUCUACGCGCUGCUGGGGAUCCCGCUCACACUCGUCAUGUUCCAGAGCCUAGGUGAGCGCAUCAAUACCUUGGUGAGGUACCUGCUGCAUCGUGCCAAGAGGGGGCUGGGCAUGCGGCACGCCGAGGUGUCCAUGGCCAACAUGGUGCUCAUCGGCUUCGUGUCGUGCAUCAGCACGCUGUGCAUUGGCGCCGCUGCCUUCUCCUACUACGAGCGCUGGACCUUCUUCCAGGCCUAUUACUACUGCUUCAUCACGCUCACCACCAUCGGCUUCGGUGACUACGUGGCGCUGCAGAAGGACCAAGCGCUGCAGACGCAGCCACAGUAUGUGGCCUUCAGCUUCGUGUACAUUCUCACGGGCCUCACGGUCAUCGGCGCCUUCCUCAACCUUGUGGUGCUGCGAUUCAUGACCAUGAACGCCGAGGACGAGAAGCGUGAUGCGGAGCACCGCGCCCUGCUCACGCACAACGGCCAGGCGGGUGGCCUGGGUGGCCUGAGCUGCCUGAGCGGUAGCCUGAGCGACAGCGUGCGUCCCCGCGACCCAGUCAUGUGCCCGGCGGCCGCGAGCGGCAUGGGAGUGGGUGUGGGUGGCAGCGGCUUCCGCAAUGUCUACGCGGAGGUGCUGCACUUCCAGUCCAUGUGCUCAUGCCUGUGGUACAAGAGCCGGGAGAAGCUGCAGUACUCCAUCCCUAUGAUCAUCCCGCGGGACCUCUCCACGUCCGACACAUGUGUGGAGCACAGCCACUCGUCGCCUGGAGGCGGUGGCCGCUACAGCGACACGCCCUCACAUCCCUGCCUGUGCAGCGGGACGCAGCGCUCGGCCAUCAGCUCGGUGUCCACGGGCCUGCACAGCCUGGCAACCUUCCGUGGCCUCAUGAAGCGCAGGAGCUCGGUGUGAACCACAGCCAGGCCUGGAGCACCUGUGAGCCAGCGGGGUGGGGGUCCUGCCUGCAGAAGCCGCAGGAGUUGACCGGGAGGCCUCCCCCAAAAGACGCCUUUGGGCCCAGUGGGAAGUCCCCAGUCCACCACUACCACCUCUAUUCUUCCCCAGCCCCUAAUCUCCAACUGUGCGGGCUUGUACCAGCCAACAGGAGGUCGGGCUCUGAGGACCCCUGGAGCCCCUUUCCGAGCCCAACGGAAUUCCGAGAAAUGUGAAACUUGGGAGGUGGGGAAGGCAGCCACUGGGAAUCUUUCAGAAAUCUGAGAAGCUCCCCAGUCCUCAGAGGCCCUGCUGGAACCCAGAACCCUUACCUCCCAAGGGGACUUCUGUUCUCGGUUUUUUGUUUUUUGUUUUCUGGUUUUGUUUUCUUCUACUUUUCUUCUCUUCUUCCUCUUCCUCUUCCUCUUCUUCUUUUUCUUCUUCUUCUUCUUCUUCUUCUCUACUUAUACCUCCCCUGGGCUCUCCAAAGCCCACAAUGUCUUUGUCCAGGUCACCCCCCACUCAGUCCCACCUUGCUCUCUCAUCCCCAGCCAUGUCUCCCAGCCUCCCACUACCUUCUGUGUCUUUUUUUUUUUUUUUUUUUUUUGCAUGGCUAUGCAGUUAUGGAAGAAAAAAAAAAGGAAAUCCCAGCAGUCUCUAAAGCUAGUCCCCAGAGAGCAGGACAGAAAAAGGAAAAAUGGCAGGCCACAGGAGUUAGAGCAGAGUAAGUGCAAAAACUGUGGCUUCCAAUUCUGCAAGGUGGCCACAUCCAUAGGUGAGCUAGCUAUCUGGAGUCUGAUGCUGUGCUCGGGGCUCUUGGGAGACUCCAGCCUUCAGGACUGCCCUUGGAAUGGGAAACACAGACUCCUGCUUGCUGUCUGUCCCUGGCUGCUGUUGCUGCUGCUCACCUCUUCCAUUUAUAGUGAUUUUCAGCACCGGAAACCUGUCCUACCUACUCAUUCACGUGAGUGUCCUAACACUCCGGUUAGGUCACCUGGGCAAUCCUUAUGGCCAUUUUUUCAGAAGAGGAAAACAGGUAAAAAUUACUUGCCCGGGGUGAUGCAAGUCUUGAAGGGGAACGAGAACCUGCAGACUUGUUCCCAGCCCAAGUGCUCUUCUUUCUGGCCCAGCCUGCUCUCAGAAGCAAAGCCCCUGCAGGCAACACCCUGGCCUUGUGUAGGCAGCUGGGGCUUCAACUAGAAAUCUGAAGCCCUAGUCAGAGCCCCCCUGCCAUGGCUCUGCCUCUGCUACUCUUAGCCCAGAGACUGCGGCUCUAAAUGGACCUUGUCUCUGUUCGUAAGCAGGGAAGUCCUUGGGACCCAGGUAAGCAGGACUGAGUCUCAUGGACUAAAAGCCAGGAGUUGAUACUCUGAGAGUUCAGGGAUUGGGCAGAGCAGCCCAGACAGCUGGCAGGUAUAACCUGGGACAUUAUCCCUGGACCAGAAGCCAGGGUGGGUACCUGCAUCCUAAGUUGCUAGAGUAAGGCUUCCACUAUAGCCAGAAACACCCCUCUGGGGGAGAGAAGGUAUAGGACCUGGUAUACCCUCUACCUCCUCCAUUUGUGACCCAGGUAGAGGGUGGCAGACUGUUGGCUUGCUACUGGGGACAAGCUGGAAGAGGGGCAGUGCCCAGGACAACAGAAGGGUAUGUGUGGGGCUGUGGGUGUGGCUCAGAGGCACACUUUCUUAGUGUGCUUGAGGCCCUGAAUCUGAUUCCCAGCACCAGGAAAAGGGGGAAACACUCCCCCCCCCCCUCCAGCAGCCUUCACUCACUGUUCCCAGGCCCAGCUCCUUACUGCUGAGUAAGGCCAGCCUGACCAUUUGGGAAGCUAGAGAGAGAGCCCCACCAUGUCCUCCAGGCCCUGGAGACCCCUAGGUGGAAGGACUGUGACUUGUGUUUAUCCCGUGUCCAUGUGGAAGAGCUGGCCCAUGUGCCAAGACCAGUGGGACCCAGGAGCUGGAGAGGUGCUGUCUGUGUUUAUGUUGGGCCAGAGGCAGUACUUGCUGCCUCUGUCCUGUGUGUGACCCUGCCCUCGAGGGGUCAAGUCCCGUCAGAUCCGAGGGAGCCACAACCAAAGUUACAGAGAGGGUGGGGAAGGCAGCAGAGUGGCCCUAGGGUCUGAGCAUGGGGGACUGCUUGUCUCCUGUAAGGUCUUGCCUAGGGAACUAGAAGGCCACUGUCACUUCCUGUCUCACCCCCUCCCACUGCAGGCAGCCUUUCUGCUUCCCCAAUGCCUUAUGCCUGGGCACACUGCCACAGAAUAUGCAAUAUGUGUGGGUGACAUGCCCCACACCCACCUGGGCAGCCCCUGAGUCCCCAGGCUGUGGCUGCCCUGGCCCCCCUCAGCAGCUCCUGCCCAUCUGUCUUCACACUGAGAUUGGCGCCUAAUAAAUGCUGUCCAUGGAGACCAGG